AUGACUAACGAAGACUCCAAUCACCCAACAUUUUCUUCAAAGUCCGAAAAGGGUAUCACCGGAAGGAAAAUCAUUUACGAUAAGGAUGGGAAGCCUUGUCGAGCUUGUAAUACACUCUUGGAUUUCCAGUUAGUCACAGGGAAAGUUUCGGAUUCGGGCCCGAGUACAGGUUUGGGCAAGCUCGGCAGUUCAUUAGGUGUGUUAGGUAAUCAGACCAAAGUCAAUGGGUAUGCGAAGGAGGAUCCGCCCGAUGUCGAACAAUUAGGACGAUCAAGCUGGAGUCUACUUCAUUCGAUAGCUGCCGCGUACCCUGUGUCACCGAAUGACAAACAGCGGUCAGAAAUGAAACAAUUUAUGACCCUUUUCUCGCACGUUUAUCCCUGCUGGUGGUGUGCGAAGGAUUUCGAAGAUUUUAUCAAGAAGAAUUCGCCGAAAGUUGGCUCAAGGGACGAAUUGGGACUUUGGAUGUGUGAAGCUCAUAAUGAGGUCAAUGAGAAGCUUGGGAAGUCCAAAUUUGAUUGUUCCUUCUGGAAGAAUAGGUGGAUUGAUGGAUGGGAUUAA